UCUAAUUACGAUGAGAGAUUCUUCUACAAUUCCAGCGAUGGAAAAGCGUAUUCCUCGUGAGCACUAACUUCUCACUCUUCUCGUCUGUUCUUCUUCUUCUUUAGCUGGUUCAAUCCGCGUGCAUAAUCUACAGCAACCCAUCUCCGUUCGAGCUCACGGGUCGCGAUCUGGGUCGGGUUUUGACGGAGAAUGACGUCGGACGGGGCCACGUCGAGUUCUGCGGCUGCGGCGGCGGCGGCAGCGAGGAGGAAGCCGUCGUGGAGGGAGAGGGAGAACAAUCGGAGGAGAGAGAGGCGGAGAAGAGCCAUAGCUGCAAAGAUUUACUCGGGGCUUAGAGCUCAGGGCAGUUACAAUCUGCCCAAACAUUGCGAUAACAAUGAGGUUUUGAAAGCUCUCUGUGCUGAAGCUGGUUGGGUUGUGGAAGAAGAUGGAACUACUUACCGCAAGGGAUGCAAGCCUCCACCGGGCGACAUAGCUGGAACCUCAGCUCCAGUCACUCCUUACUUCUCCCAAAACCCGAGCCCUCUCUCAUCAGCUUUUCCAAGCCCUAUACCUUCUUACCAAGUCAGCCCGUCGUCCUCUUCUUUCCCGAGCCCUUCUCGUGGUGAACCAAACAAGGUCUCCACGAUCUUUCCAUUCCUCAGAAACGGCCUUCCUUCAUCCCUUCCUCCGCUUAGAAUCUCAAACAGCGCUCCAGUUACUCCACCGGUAUCAUCCCCGACCUCUAAGAACCCUAAACCGAUGCCCAAUUGGGAAUGCAUUGCUAAGCAGUCGAUGGCCAUUGCGGCUAAACAAUCAAUGGUGGCCACUAAUUACCCUUUCUAUGCAGCUUCUGCUCCUGCUAGUCCGACCCAUCGCCAGUUCCAUACCCCAGCCACUAUACCUGAAUGUGAUGAGUCUGACUCUUCCACAGUUGAUUCUGGUCACUGGAUAAGCUUUCAGAAGUUUGCUCAGCAGCCAUAUCCCGGCUCUGUGAUACCGACCUCGCCCACUUUCAAUCUCAUGAAACCCGCACCUCAGCAUAUGUCACCUAAUGCUGUGUUUCAAGAGAUUGGUCAGAGCUCGGAAUUUAAAUUCGAGAAUGCGCAGGUUAAGCCAUGGGAGGGAGAGAGGAUACACGACGUGGGUAUGGAGGAUCUCGAGCUCACGCUUGGAAACGGGAAGGCACGUGGUUGAUGGAUUGCGGUUUCUGUUCUACAUUACCUUUCUCCUCCUGCGACGGAAAUAUGAUGCAUGAAAGCUUGUUCUGUGUAAGGAUUGGAAUAUCAGUGAAUCGUGUUCGGAUCUUGAUUUUGGGUUCUUCUCCCGGCAAGUUUGUUUCCAUAAGCAUUGUUUGUAGAUAUGGUCCUAAGAGAUGUAUGCUGCUACCAUGUCCCCCCUUAGGCCUUGGAGAACACAAACGACAUUACAUUUGUUCAAUUGGUUUGGACCCGUCUUGUAUCU